AUGGGUGAAGCCACAGUCUUCUCCACUCCCCCACCCACCCCCAAGCAAAGGAUGACAAAGAAGAAUUCCCAGCAUCUCCCAGAGAAAUGGCCCUUUACACAGUGUCCUCAAGGCAUUUAUUCCUUCAACAAACAUAUACCGAGCAUCUGCUAUAUGUCAAGCCUUGUUCUAGGUACUGGGGGCGCAGUGGACAGAAGAGCUGGUCGCCUCCCAUUCUGUACGAAGGUUUGCUAUGGCAUUGGCGGGGUCCCCAACCAGGCGGCCUCCAGCGCCACAGCCUUUUACCUGCAGCUCUUCCUGCUAGAUGUGGCACAGGGCUGGACACCCUCUCUGACUCUGCCAAUCCUUGGCUAUCUCCUCCCCCGCCCAUUUCAGAUCCCUGCCGCCCAGGUAUCACUCGUCCUGUUUGGAGGGAAGGUGUCUGGAGCAGCUGCUGACCCCUUGGCUGGGUUUUUCAUCAGCAGAAGCAGGAGGACAGGGUCUGGACGACUCAUGCCCUGGGUGCUGGGCUGCACGCCCUUCAUCGCAGCGGCUUACUUCUUCCUGUGGUUCCUGCCCCCCUUCACCAACCUUCGAGGCCUUUGGUACAUGACCUUCUACUGCCUAUUUCAGGCUCUGUCCACGGUAAGCAGGCGCCCCCCUUCCUGGGCCGGGACCCCUGGAGCCCCCUUGCAGGCCAGGGGCCCCUCUGAAGAGAGUGUGUCCCGGGGGCGGGGUCAGGAGGGUCCCAGCGCUGACCCCUCCCUGGUGGCAUGGAUGCAUCCGGGAGGCACAGGAUCAGCAGAAGGUCCAUCCUGGGCCCUCAGCUCUCCCUCUCCUGCUGGGCUAAUUGGGGGGAGUGCCCAGCAUUCUCGGACUUGGGCUGAGGGGCCCUCUGCCCCCUUUGGGAGGUACUCCUGCAGCCCCUGGUGUCCUCGCCUCCAUGGGUUAGAGACAUCACACCCACCCCAGCUCUGUCCUGUUCCACAGACCUGUCUCUACUCCAUUGCAGCGGCCGUGGUUGCCGUGACUUAUCCCGUGUGCAGUGGUUUGCUCUGCCUGGGGGUGAAGGAGCGACCAGACCCCUCUGCCCCAGUGUCCAGCCAGGACACGAGCUUCCUGGCGGGGCUGGGCCUCACUGUCCGGCACCCACCCUACCUGAAGCUGGUGGUCUCCUUCCUGUUCAUCUCAGCAGCCGUUCAGGUGGAGCAGAGCUACCUGGUCCUGUUCUGUACACAUGCCUCCCGGCUACAUGGCCACGUCCAGAGCCUGGUGCUAACCGUUCUGGUCUCCGCUGUGCUGAGCACCCCGCUGUGGGAGUGGGUUCUGCAGCGAUUUGGGAAGAAGAUGUCAGCCUUCGGGAUCUGUGUGAUGGUGCCCUUUGCAAUCCUGUUGGCUGUUGUGCCCACAGCACCUGUGGCAUACGUCGUGGCCUUUGUAUCUGGUGUGAGCACUGCUGUGUCCUUGCUGCUGCCCUGGUCCAUGCUCCCAGACGUGAUAGAUGACUUCCAGCUGCAGCACCCACACGGCCCAGGCAUGGAGACCAUCUUCUACUCAUCCUAUGUCUUCUUCACCAAGCUUUCAGGCGCAGGCGCCCUGGGCAUCUCCACGCUCAGUCUCGAGUUUGCGGGAUACAAGGCAGGAGCCUGCAAGCAGGCAGAGCAGGUGGUGGUGACCCUCAAGGUUCUCAUCGGUGCCAUGCCCACUUGCAUGAUCCUCACCGGUCUUUGCAUCCUCAUGGUCGGCCCCACUCCAGAGGUGCCAAGCCAGGAAACCUCUCGCCAGCUGAGCCUUCGGAGGUGGGCACCCCAUGCAUACGAGUACACACAACAGGGCUACCAGCACUCAGGGAGGCACCUGUAGAAAGGUGCUGAUAUGAGACCAACUAGUCCACAGGUCUCCCGGUGGUACUUACACCACCGAACAGUCCUGCUUUUGGAGACUCUUUCCUUAGCUUCAGUGAUGCCAUCUUCUGGAUUUUCUCCUGCUACUCUGGUCAUCCCUGCUCAGUGUCCCUCCUUCAAUCACCAGUUGGAUGGUGGCGUGGGAGGGCUCCCUUGUUCACCCGUUCCCUGUGCUCUCCAUAAUCCCAAGCACC